AUGGUAGGCGAUGGAUCGUGGAGGGAAACUUCCUCAUUAGAGGAGGAAUGUAUAGUACUUGAUGACUCAGUCGAUACCCUGGAGGACGGUGAUGACUCGGAUCCCAAUUAUACUCCCACUAAGCGCCUAUCUGAGCCAACACUUUCACCAUACUAUACACCAGUUAGGCUAGAGCUUCUUAGUUCUGAGUACGAGCCCAAAGAGGAUGAGGAGGACACUGCCACCUCACAGGAGACUUCACCACCCUACCCCACUCCUUCAAAUAAAUCAAUCUUACAGGACACUCACGAGUACUCGGGUGAAGCAAACCCCAAGGAAGGUUGUUGCUAA